AUGCAAUUUGAGGCAAUGAAAAUGGUUGGAAUGUCCACAUCCAGGAUAGGUAUCCGUGGGAUUGGUGGUUUGUAUAGACCAAUGAUACUGUACAAGGUACCUUUAUGCGGAAAGAGAUUGCUUUCUUCGGUACCACCUCCAGUACAACCACAAGGUUCGAGCCAAGGUGAAGGUCAAGGACCUGAAAGUUCAAGAAAUACAGCUGCCAAAAUUGCUUCUAGAAUUCCAAAGUUUCUUCGUCCAUAUACUACAGACUUUAUGCAUGCUCCAAUUUCCCAUGUUACAGCCUUCAUCGUAUUGCAUGAGCUUACCGCCAUAGUGCCGUUGAUUGGACUCUGGUAUGUAUUCCACCAGCACCAUGAGUGGAUCCCUAUGGAUCUCCCUACUUGGGCUCUUGACAAGGGAAUGGCUGUGAUUGAUAAAGGGUUGGAUAAAUGGGAUUUUUCAGAUUAUUCAGUGACAGAAAAGGCCAAAUUUAUUAUGGAAGGUACUUAUGCAUACGCCAUAACCAAGGCACUCUUCCCAUUUAGACUCAUGUUUAGUGUAAGCAUGAUGCCAUGGUUUGCCCGAUGGUUUGUCGUCCCAAUCACACGAGCAUUCUCAAGGGUAAUUAAACGAGGGAAAUCCAAUGAAACUAAGGAAAUUGCAUCCAGUAUUGAUUCUAAUUUGGAUACUGUCAAGACUAAAAAGGUACACAAGCCAAGAUUGUAG